AUGCCUGCGCGCGCAGGAAAAUCAAAAUCCACCGCGCAGUUAAAGUUGCAGCAAAACACCACCACAUCUUUGUUAGCGAUCCGUGGCCAUAUAUCAGAUACCGUAAUAGGUGGCGCCAUGGUCAAGUCCGCCGAUCUAGGCCAAAAAGAGGAGCGAAAAGGGGGUCGGAUCCAGCGCGAUGCCCAAUCGAGACGAACAAGGCCUGAUCCGCAGCACAAUAGCUAG